GAAGCAAAAUAAGUGACCUUGCUACUGCUGCUGCACACACGCACACACACACGCACAUAUACACACACACACAUUCAGGCCUACACAUCCUCUACACGCUCUCGCUCUCGGUCGACUCAGAGUCAUCGUCUCCAUCCCAUCAGUACAACGUUGCAUUUUCUUGAAGCAGAAAAGUGUCCCUCAAUGGACGACAUUAAACAAUAAAGAGUGCACAUUGCAAUGAGUCUCCCUUGAACAUGGAUCGUUGGAACAGAGGAGGCGGGAUAAAACAAAGAUCUGUUCACAAUGACAACUCAGAUGAAGCAGACUACCAUGUGCCAGAGGAACCUGUUAUACAUUUUCCCAGACCGAGACAAUUGCCUUCAGAGAAUGCAGGUAUCUGCUGUCCUGUGAGGGAACAGCAGCCUUUUCUCAGCAAAGCCAAAGAUUUUAAGAACAUUUUAGACACUCCUCCACGACUGCCAAAGCGGCCCCCAGGAAGUGCAGCACCAAUUGUCAACCGUGACCUAAAACCAGGGAGACAGGGGAAGGUCACUUCAGAGCGAAGAUCGAAGACUUUAGGCUCAAAUGAAACGACUACAAAAAUCCCACAGAGGCCAGUUAGAUCACUUCCACGUGACUGUUUUGAUCACAUUGACCAUGCUCCUCCGUCCAGAUCUCCACCCUGUGCUCCAGUGCGCACACCACACAUAAACACACGCACUGCCGCAGAUGGUGCGAGCCUUUCAGAGAGCGAGAGCGUAAGCCCUAGUAGCAGCAGAUUAACAGGUCUCCGAAGUGGCUCCAGUCACCGACACUCACUGGAUCUGGAGACACAUGAACAGGAGAGAAGAUACUUGACAAAAGGGAACCCUGGACUAGUAGGUUCAAGCAGACAGAUGCACCAUGAGUGGCCGCAAGUUAAGGCAGACACGGAGCAGGCCAGCUACACAGGACACAGCAAACCAGUAGAGGUAUCUGCUGAGCAGGAAUGGUAUGUAGGAAGCUUUAGUAGAGUGGAAGCAGAACAUGCACUUCAUCUGGUCAACCAGGAGGGAGCUUUUCUAGUGCGCGACUGCUCCAAGAACACUAAACAGUUGCCCUACGUCCUGGCCAUAUUUUAUGACAACCGAGUCUUUAAUGUGCAGAUUCGUUUUUGUAUGGAGACCAACAAGUACACACUUGGAACCAGAAUCAAGACUGAUGAUGCUUUUGACUCAGUGGCGGAUAUCAUCAAAUUCCACUCCAUAUUUCCCAUCUUGCUCAUCGAUGGACGAAACCCGUCAGCUGUGCCCGCUCACAACAGACAGUGUGUCCUCAUGUAUCCCGUCACAUUAGAGGACAUGAGGCGACUGCUGAAUUAAACAAUAAAUAUGCUCCCUCUGUAUAAAAUACAAUAAAAAACCAAACACACUCACCUGCACACAAGAUAUAAAUAUUAUAAAAAUAUAUAAUACAGUAUAAUGUAGUGAAAGUUAAGCAAAGAGUGAAAGGUGUCUAGAGAAACAAGCAGUACUUCUAGUAUGAAAUAUUUUUGUUUUACAUGCAUUUUCUUUAUUAUAUAAAAGUUUUAAAACGUUAUAAUCAUGACUUGUAUGUAAGCAAUAUUGAUUAGAAAGGAUGAUUAAGCGACACUUCUGAUUAGUUUGCUGCUCUAACUCCCAUUAUUAUAAGAAAACGUUCCUGUCAGAGUUUCAAGGGCAAGGACUCAUUUCAUGAGUCUAUAGAAGAAAACUUUCCAAAGUAAAAAUGAUCUGCAAGACAUGUUUUGUAUAUUAAGGCUGUGCUCGGGUUAGAAAAUGAAACGGAUGUUCAAAGGACAAAAGCAGAAGGAGAACUUUGAGGGGGAAAAGAGAACUGUGUAAUCAGGCAAAAAAUAGACAACUUUUCAAAAGGAAGUGGAUCCAUCGAUGCACACUUAAGACACUCACUGAGGAGGAGGAUGAUGACUCAAAGAUCAUAAGUUCUGCAGUUUAGUUGAUACUUGUGGUUGUUGAGUAUCAAAAUCAACACCCCUUUCAUAACUCCUGAACUUCACCGAGUUUCAUGAUGCGUUUUUAGUCAAAUGAACAUGUCUGGUAAGAAAGUAGACUAUUUAUAAGGAUAUAUAUACCAGACAUAUACAUAUACACACACACAUAUACACACAUACUUGAUGCCUGCCAUAAAAUAUGGGAGAUAAUCUGUAAAGAUUUGUGGCUGGACGGUUGUUCAAGAGUUCUUCAUGGGUUCUGCCAAGUAGCAGAAUAUUUAUGGUUAAAUCCUGCUAGCCUCAGCUUCAGAUUUAGCCACAGAUAGAACUGUCAAUACAAUGAUAAGCCAAAUAAAAAAACAAAAACUACUGAAGCCCUUCUAAAUGACAUUCAAAUGUUCUACCUGGUGGAGUAGACCAAGAUACUUCUACAUUAAUAACACCGAGAGAAGAAUAAAAUUAAUACAGUAAUUUCCUGAAGUAGGAAAAUUGGGCAAGUGUAGGAAACUGAGUCACUUUGAAAAUGACCAAACUGUAAUGGAUAGACAAAUGGGUCAGAGCAUCUUUAAAACAGCAGCUCUUCUGGGGUGUUUCCUGCAUGCAGUGGUUAGUACCUACCCAAACUUGUCCAAGGUAGGGCAACCAGUGUACAAGUAACUGGGUCAUGGGCUAGCACAUCUGGCCUGAUCAGAAGAAGAGCUAAUGUUUGUGCUGGCUAUGACAGAAAGAUAUCAGUACACACUGUCCACUACACAGAACUUAAAGGAUCUGCUGCUACUGCCUUGGUAACAGAUACCACACCAUACCCACCCUUCGAAGUCCACGCUUUGAUGGGUCAGAGUGAUUUUGGUGUCACAAGGGGAACUAAAAAAAAUUAGGCAGGUCUUUUAAUGUUAGGGCUAAUCAGUGUAAAACCUUGUAUGACUGUUUUGCUGUUUUCUAUCCAGACCAAGACAUCAAAGUACCCGAGUGCUGAAAUUUUGGCAACAGGUUUUGUGUUGAAAAAAGAAAAAAAAAAGGCACUUUUAAAAAGUAAAAUUAUACCAUAUUCUUCUACACAUGUGAUCGUUUUGUAUAAUUUUAUACAUUCACACACCAAACAAUAGAACAUUUUUACAUUUUUCAGCUCUUGGUUGUUUCAGCGUUUGUCCUGUCCACAAAAAGCAGCUAUUUUUCAAUGUGGUUAGUAAAGAACAUGCUCGGUUUUCACAAUUUGAAGUCAGAAUCUUUACGGAGUUUGUGUACAAUUUGUGGAAUAUAAAAGCAUACACCGUAUAUACAUUUUCACAGAAAUCAGUAAAUGUGGCAAAUGUACAGAUUAGUGUAUUAUCUCUUUUGUCUAUACACAAUGGAUUUUACCUUGAAACACUGGGUCAUGCUGCAUGUGGUAACACUUGUGUACUUGUAAUUAAGUUUUCUUGGUAAUUUCCAUAAUUUAAUCAUGUUUUUAUAUUAUUCUACAAAACAUUUAUAAAACUGCUACAUGGUUUCUGGUGUAUUUUUUCAAUAAAACAAUGUUUUACAGUGUUAA